AUGGCGACGACACAAUUCGACCCGAACAACGCCCAGAACUUGAUUGAGUGGGAUGUAGAUCGAGAAACACGGAAAGGUUUGCAUGCCCUCCCCGUCCAGACCUACUGGAACCUGCUGGAAAAGGUUGAGCCCUCAAACCUCAAAUUGACCAAGAUAGAUGACGAGAUCUUCGAGCACACCAUGAACGAGUUCCCGGAGCUCAAGGAGGACUCAUAUGCGAAGGUGAUCAAGCUCGACGAGGAAUGGAUGAAGAGCCCCGAGGUGGAUGUGGUGGAACAAAUGCAUAGUUAUGAGAAGAAAGUGAAGGACUACAACUUCGGCUCUCUCAUUCGGACGGACGCGCGGGAGGAAUAUGGCGAGAUGAACACGAUUUUUGUUACGCGAAUACAGUUCUAUGCAUUCGAGAUUGCGCGCAAUAGACUCGGCCUGAAUGCUGCUGCUCAUGAGAUUGCCAAGGCUGAAGCUGAGAAGCAAAGGGAGAAGCAGGCCAAGGACAACAAGAAGAAAGCAAAUGGAAAGCAGUAA